UUCCAGAGGUUCCCGGCGCGGAGCUUUUCUGCUGUUCGGACCUGCAGCUGCUGGAACUUGUGGGUCGCGGACCGAAUGGAGGAGGACGAGGAGGCGCGGGCGCUGCUGGCGGGCGGAGGGGCCCCCGAGGCUCCCGCGGCUGCCGCGGCACUGCCGGCUCUUUGUGAUCCUCGCCGCUUGGCGCACCGGCUCGUGGUACUGCUGCUGAUGUGCUUCCUCGGCUUUGGCAGCUAUUUUUGCUAUGAUAAUCCUGCUGCUCUUCAGACUCAGGUUAAGCAGGAUAUGCAGGUGAAUACCACGAAAUUCAUGCUGCUGUAUGCCUGGUAUUCUUGGCCCAAUGUAGUUUUGUGUUUCUUUGGUGGCUUUUUGAUAGACCGAGUAUUUGGAAUACGAUGGGGCACCAUUAUUUUUAGCUGCUUUGUUUGCAUUGGACAGGUUAUUUUUGCUCUUGGUGGAAUAUUUAAUGCUUUUUGGCUGAUGGAAUUUGGAAGGUUUGUGUUUGGGAUUGGUGGAGAGUCAUUAGCAGUUGCCCAGAACACAUACGCUGUGAGUUGGUUUAAAGGCAAAGAACUGAACCUGGUGUUUGGACUGCAGCUUAGCAUGGCCAGAAUUGGCAGUACAGUGAACAUGAACCUCAUGGGAUGGCUGUAUUCUAAGGUUGAAUCUCUGAUGGGUUCUGCAGGUCACACGACCCUUGGGGUCACCCUUAUGAUCGGUGGUCUAACCUGUAUUCUGUCACUGAUCUGUGCCUUGGCCCUUGCUUACUUGGAUCAGAGGGCAGAAAGAAUUCUCCAUAAAGAGCAAGGAAAAACAGGUGAAGUCAUCAAGCUAACAGACGUGAAGGACUUCUCCUUGCCACUCUGGCUCAUAUUCCUCAUCUGCGUCUGCUAUUACGUCGCCGUGUUUCCGUUUAUUGGGCUCGGGAAAGUUUUCUUUAUAGAGAAAUUUGGAUUUUCUUCCCAGGCAGCAAGUGCAAUUAACAGUAUUGUAUAUGUCAUAUCAGCUCCCAUGUCCCCGGUAUUUGGGCUCCUGGUGGAUAAAACAGGGAAGAACAUCAUCUGGGUCCUGUGUGCCGUGGUAGCCACGCUUGCUUCCCACAUCAUGCUGGCGAUGACGCUGUGGAACCCGUGGAUUGCCAUGAGUCUCCUGGGAGUUUCCUAUUCAUUGCUUGCCUGUGCCUUGUGGCCAAUGGUAGCGUUUGUUGUUCCUGAACAUCAGCUGGGAACUGCAUAUGGCUUCAUGCAGUCCAUUCAGAAUCUUGGGUUGGCAAUCAUUUCCAUCAUUGCUGGAAUGAUAUUGGAUACCCGGGGUUAUCUGUUUUUAGAAGUUUUCUUCAUUGCCUGUGUUUCUUUGUCACUUUUAUCUGUGGUCUUACUCUACUGGGUGAAUCGUGCCCAAGGUGGGAACCUAAAUUAUUCUGCAAAACAAAGGGAAGAAGUGAAGCUUUCCCAUACUGAAUGAGAAGUUUACAUGACUGUCAUGCACAUGGACUGUCCACAUCACUGGUUUUGUAACCGCUUUUUAAAGGUUUAGAAUGUAGUCAUUAGGGGAAAUAAUGGUCUGGAAUGUUAUUUGUAUUUCAGUUAUACCUACUUCAAGGUAUAUUUGUGAGGACUAUUUUAGUCUGUGUCUUUGUAUUGUGGGUUACUGAAGAAUUCUGCUUUGGAACAGACAAAUCAGCAGUGACAAGUUUAGAAGAUCUCUCUGGAAUGUGCUUCAUGAUGAACUUCAGGGAGGACAGUAAACUGUGGAGAACAUUGGGUGUUGUAUGAGAUAGUUUUCACAAAGUAGAUCGUAGUUACAUGGUCUUUUCUUUCUCUUAAGCAAAGAGAAAGAUUUGAAAGUGAUAGAAGAGAUGUUUUCUAGAGAAUCAGUGGUGACAUUAAUAGGCAUUCUUGUUUGUAGUAGGAAACUUUUGAAAGAUAUUUUUAUGAAGUGUCUUCAUUUUCCCAGCCAGCAGGUGGCACCGGCUCUGAGUAACGUAGUGGGUGAGGCCCUGACCACUGACCUGCUUGUCUCUGUCCCUGGGCUCCCUGACUGCUUAGGGACAUUUUUUUGUUGUAUAAACUUUCUGAACAGUUUUUUUCUUACGUAUAAUUAACAACUAAAAAGUAUUCUUUAAAUAAUGAUAAUUAUGUCUCUAAAUGUGUAAAUAAAAAUACGAUAUGAGGAAUAUUUGAUGACUUAACUUUUGUUUUUUAAAAAGAUGUAAAAACACUGAUUUUGAUUUUUAUGCAUGUGGAAGAUUCUCUCUUUAGGAAAAUCUAAGUUGGAAUAUGGAAAAUUUGAUUAGUCACUGAAAGAUUAUGGAAGUGACCUUUUCUCCAGAAUAGGGCCUUAAAUAACAUUUAGGUUUUUUAUAUUUGUUAUAUUUUCGUUAAAUAGGAUUUCUCUAUUUUUUUUUUUUAAAUGAGCAAUUUUGAAAUUGACUCUUGGUAUAGUAUGUAUUAAAAUUUGUUUACAUAUCUAUGGACCCACAGAUAUUUUUGAAUGUACUUAGCUGAUUGUAUUGUUUAAAGUACUUGUAGCACAUUGUAGGCUUAAAAGUUGUGUAGAUGA